CCCAAUCAACACGAGACGCCAGAAGUGCCACACCGGCGCAUGAUGCAUGCUGGGUAAUAAUCAGAACCGAGCAGGAUCCGCUCCUCGUACACACACCGACAGACUGACAGCGAGAGCGGGAUCUCACCGGCUCCGUGCCGCUGUGUCCGCGACAUGCUCCAGAUGCUCGCCGCCGGUGCGCGGGAUGCGCUCGUGAGGAUGCGACACAUCACCCCGGUCUCGUGAGGUGUGAGCUCUCGGCUGUGUUUCUGCUCAAUGCCCCAUGGAGCCUGACGUGAUACGCAUGUACUCCUCCUCUCCACCCCCGAUGGAGGACGGCAUAGAGGAAGAGGACGGCGAAUUCAGCGACUUCACCGGCGUCCCAAACAGCACCAGCUUCUCUGAGUUCGACACGCCCACCACGUUCAACCAGUCUCAGGCUUUGAACGCCACCUCGCCGCCGGAGCUGCUGAGCAACGGAAGGAUCGUGGGAUUGUCCGCUCAACCUGCAGGGUCUACGAAAGCUAAUGGCGUGACCCCUGGCUCUGGCCAGACCUGCACGCCCAAUGGCAGAGCGGUUAGCGUAGAGGAACUCAAAAAGUUCACAGAGCACCAAGCUCGCAUCACAUGCCUGGAGUUCGCAACAGGGUCUCGGACUGACAGUGAUGCCAUUGACUGCAAUGGCACCGCUGAAGUGCUCACGAACGGGUUUGCGAUAUUAGACCAAGGUGGAAGCCCGGCCACACCACACAAACCCAACGAAUUUGAUGCCAGUACAGAUGAUUUUGCAGAUUUCUCUGCUUUUUCAAAUGCUGAACACAACCAGCCUUCAGAUACAGACUUGGACGAUUUGAAUCAAGGGUACAGACCACCACAUAAUGAUGUUAGCGACAACGUUGAAGUGCAAGGAGCUAGUUUAGGAGACGAUAGUGGGGACUCAGGAAUCACAAGAUUUGGAUUCCCUUUGGAAAACUCUGAAAGUCUCAGCAACGGUGACUGGGGUUUCCAUGAAGUCUCGGAUUUAGAUCAAAGGGAGUUAGACGCUGAUACUACUGAAGUCGUUAGCACAGUGCAACCGCUAGCCCUUAAUGAUGUAACUUUUAGUGAAACUGGUGAUAACAGGGUGUCGCCCGACUCUGAGGAUAAAUCUAGUGGUGAACAAUCAGAUGAGAAAGGCUCAGAGACUGAGACUUUAGAAACGGAGACAGAGACUUCCUUUGGUCGGCCACUAUCGACAGAUGCGCUUGAAGAAUUCGGUGACUUUAGCACGACGGGGUCUGUACCCUCGCCUCCGCUUCAGGAGGAGACGGCCACUCCGGCCGACCACAGCCAGCUGGCUGAGGACGACGAUGAGGAUUUUGGAGAUUUUGGUGACUUUGGAGAUGCCAGCUCGUUUAGCGCGACUGGAUUUGCUGAUUUUGACCAGCAGGGGGUCUCUCAGACUGAACUGGCUCCGAGUGCCCCAGUGGAACCCAAAGACGAUGAAUUUGCCGAUUUUGACACAUCAAAAGAACCUAACAAAAUAGCUUUGGCAGGUGAAGAGGCAACGGUGUUUGCGGACUUUCCUGGAAGUGACAGUUUUGCGGAUUUCAGCUCUGCACAGGUGGGCGAUGGCGGUGAUAACGAAGGAUGGCAGGCUUUCUCUGAGCCGGAUCAGAGCCAGAAUGGAGGGCAAUCGUGGGCAACGUUCGAGCAGGAACAGGAUGCAGCAGGUAUUGAAAAGAGCGGAGAUGACUGGCACGAGAGCCAGCCAGCUACAGCACCCCCUACUGCUGCGGAGGAGCGGAAAAGUUCAACGUCUGCACUGGUCAGCCGUUUGGAGAUGAUUUUCCAGGCCAGUUUCGAGCUGGUUCUCGCUCCUCGGGUGGAGGAAGAGGUGUCCACGCUCAACACCUUCCUCAAACCUCCUGACACAUCCCAACAGGAAGAUGCUGACAAAGGGACAACCAAUGGGGCACUGCAGGACGUGUGGCAGCAGCUGCAGGAUGUUCAUAAUGCAUUCGGCCUCCGGUACCAGUGGGGCGGCUCUCGCACCAAUAAAGCACUGCUCUGCUCGCUUGGUAUCGACACCAGAAACAUCCUGUUCACGGGCCAUAAAAAGCAGCCUGUAAUUGUGCCAAUGUAUGCUGCCAGUCUGGGGAUGCUGGAACCCACGAAAGACCCGGUGAAGCCCGUCUCAGCCGCUGAAAUGAUCGCCUCAAUAGCACAAUCUCCUUCAGUCACCACGGAGCUGAACACCUGUCCACCUGACACAGCCCAGGAGUCUCUUCCUCCCGUUCAGUUUGACUGGAGCAGCAGUGGCCUUACAAACCCUCUGGAUGCGAGUGGAGGCUCGUCUCUGCUCAACCUCGAUUUUUUCGGCCCUGUGGACGAGUCGCCCUCCGGCACGGCCACCUCCAUACCAGGUGUGGACCCGGAGCUGUACGAGUUGACCCAGGUGAAGCUGGACGUCAGCGGGGGCGGCAGUAGAGUCGUGGAUGCGUUCGCUCGCCUCAUGUCCACCGUGGAGAAGACCAGCACCUCCACCAGCAGAAAGCCUGUGCAGAAGGAGGAGAAUCUGAGUGAAGAGGCUCAGCGAGUGAUCUCCGGUCUGCCGGAUCUGUCGUUCAUGCAGGCUAAAGUCCUCAUGUUCCCCUCCACGCUGACUCCUCUCCUCCCCUCCUCUUCACCCGACUGACGCGUUCUUCUCCUCCGUGACGUCUCACCUCUCAUUCUGUGUAUCGCUUUCUGAAUCUCACCAUACUGACAGUUAUGAUUUUAAUCUCAGACUUUCGGUUUCCUAGCUCCUGUUUGUCAUUUUGCCAGGCAUUUUUAAGUUCUAAUACAUUGUCCUGCGUACAAGAGAGUGGAUGAAAUAAUCAUCUUAUGAUCAAACGCUGUAGAGGAGAAAAGACUAGAUCAUUUUAAUUGUUAGAAUGACAGUAGGAAGAGUUUGUGUUUAUCUGUAUAUAAUCAGGGAUGAUUUCCUUUCGAGUAUUCAUCACAACUAAGUUAGUGUGUGUGUGUGUGUGUGUGUGUGUGUGAGAGAGAAAGAGGCACUUUUCAGGUUGUUUUUAUGAAACACUGGCUUAAACA